AUGGAGAUAGUACACCUCCGUCUUCUCCUGAUUCUGUGUGUGGGAGUCCACAGGUCAUCUUCAGAUGUUGUGGUGCAGCAGGGGUCAUCUUCAGAUAUUUUGGUACAGCAAACGUCAUCUUCAGAAACUGUCAAACAGCACAGUUCAUCUUCGGAAUCUGUGAAGCAGCAGAGUUCAUCUAAAGAUAUUGUGGUGCAGCAAAACACAAAUGGUGUUACCUUCAAUAUUGAUGAAGGCUAUAAAGGAACAUUCCCAUACAUACUGGGCACAAUCGACAUUAGAAAGAAAUUUCCCUUUUUCAAAAUCAGUGGUCAAGGUAUUAAUUUAGAGCCAAAAGACAUCUUAUCAAUCAACCAAUCCACAGGGGAGGUUUCUGUUCACGGCCCAGUCGACUAUGAGCAAUACAGAGUUUUAAAGGUAACGUAUCAAGCAUGUGAAAAAGAAACGUAUGAAGUCGACACGCAGCUGGACGUUCAGAUAAUGAUCAUCGACGCAAAUGACAACCCUCCAAAGUUUGACAAAAUCUUCUACGAGAUCAGCAUUGCAGAGUCAACAGUGCAAGGAACUACACUGGUUACCUUUACGGCACAUGAUGAUGAUGUCACGGAGAACAAUAAAUUAUUUGAUUUUAAAAUAGUCUCAGUCAUUCCUCAAACAUCCGAGAUGGAGUUCUACUUAACUCAGGUUUCUCAAACUGGAACCAUUUCAUUUAAAGGCUGCCUGGACUAUGAGAAAGCAGAGAAAUACACCAUUAUAGUGGAGGCCAAAGACCGUGGAGAAAAAACGCAGCUCUCCAGCACCGCCACUGUCGUAAUCAACAUAAAAAAUGGAAAUAACCACCUUCCGCAAAUCACUGGACAAACCGGUCCAGGGAGGGUGAAAGAAAGGAUGGAAAAUGUUCUUGUUUCACGUCUGCAAGUUACGGACAAUGACAGAAAAUUUACAGCAGCCUGGAGAGCAAAAUAUCAAAUCCAAGGCGACCUGAACAACAACUUCAGAAUCACUACUGAUAAUAAGACAAAUGAGGGACUACUCUAUGUGAAAAAGCGUCUGGAUUAUAUAGACGGUCCAAAGAGGAACUUGACUAUCAGUGUGGAGAAUGAGAUGCCAUUUCACUCGUGCAGGGUGGUGCGUCGCAGCACCACCGGGCUUUGGGAAGUAAUCACUGUUAUUGAAGAGACUCAGACAGAGGUAAAACGUCGAACCACCCUCCAAGUGAUAGUGAUUGUGGAGGAUGUAAAUGAGCGUCCAUACUUUGAAAAACCUUACAAACAAAUUAAGGUGGUGGAGAAUGUGAAGGUGGGCCAGUAUCUGUGGACAUUUACAGCUAAGGAUCCUGACAUCACCAGUGGCACCAUAAUUGUAUACAGAAAAGGAGACGAGCCAGCUGGUUGGGUUACAGUGGACUCUAAGACUGGAAUAAUAACCACAACGAAGAUCAUAGACCGAGAGUCAUCCUUUGUGCAAAAUAAUAUCUAUACGCUCACAAUAUAUGCUAUUGACAAUGGUCGACCACCAAUGACAGGCACGGCAACCCUGACCAUCUAUAUUACUGAUGAGAAUGACAAUGCUCCAUCCCUGCUCGUAACAAAAAUCUACAUGUGCGAACUUGAUAGACCAUCUCUGGCCAACAUCACAGCUGUGGACCCAGACGAAGACCCUAACAGUGGACCUUUCACCUUCAUGCUCCAGGGAAAUCAGAAGGGCAAGUGGAGGCUUGAGUCUACGCAUGGGUACUCGGUUUACCUGGUGAAAGAGAGCACAGUUCAUUCUGGACAUUAUGAUCUGCUGUUGGAAGUGUCCGACCGUCAGGGCAAGAGUGCUGUACGCACCCUGUCUGUAACGGUGUGUGACUGUGUAGACCCAGCAAAGCCAUACUGUCCUGAAGCUACGAGUGUAGUUGGAGGAGGAGCACUUGGGGUCAUAUUUUUCAGCAUUCUACUGCUUGCAGGUCUACUACUUAUGGCUUUUCUGAUGUCAUGCAAAAAAGGGACCAGGCCUAUACAGAUCCCAGAUUCAGGACAAAAUCUGAUGACAUCUAACAUUGAAAGACAGGGAACUGACUGCAAAGUGGCUUUCGAGCUACUAGACAAAGGAAGCAUUCAAAAUGAGAAACAAAUCCAAAAAAUAUCUCAAGUUCCACAGGUUGGGCAAGCAGACCAAGUUGAAGAGCAUGUUAUAACCCACUCUGAAAUCCUUAAACAGCAAAAAGACUGUUUAGAUCUGACUUGGGGUGGACACAGUAAAUUUUCUGAAGAUCAAGUGACUGGUGUAAGACGCACAAUGCUGCUUGAACAACUAAAUGAGAAGCUGUACACACUUGAGGCACCAGAAGAGGAGCUGGGUGAUUAUGCUCCUCAUGUGUAUGCUGAGGAGGGAGACUCAGAGACCAACUAUCAGCUUGAUGCCAUCUCCAUCCAUGAAACUCCCUUUGACCCAGACUUGGACCUGGAUUGGAAGUUCAGUACUCUGGCUUCAAUCUGCAUGCCAAGUGAAAGCACUGCCUACAGUACAAUAAGACAUGAGAAAGCGACUCUAAUCCAAAAUGUACACGCCGUCGUUAUUAAAGAGUAA